UGAACACCGGCAGUGUCAUACGGUUUCAAGCAGCAUAUUAUGAUCUUAUUUUUGAAAGAUUCUAAUACUUCCUGACCAGCUUACAACGUCCUGCAGUUUAAGUACGUGCAAAUACACGGUUCAAUCUUUGUACGCAGUGUACGGUAUCAGUGUAUGUGCCAUGAAAAGCUCCGUUAAAACUAUACAUGUUAUUUAAUGGCGUUUGCGUUUUAAUUCCACGGGACUACUCUCCUCCAGACAACACAAUAUUCCUGUAUUCCUGUCCACUCUCAAGAGCGUGAAUACAGUUGUCAAGAGAAACCUACCGAACUACAGCAGUACACACGCAACCCAUGUACUGUUCCCCGUAAAACAUACUUAUGGUCUAACUUUAUCGGGCGCUCUACAGUAACUGCAUAAUCCAAAUCUGCACAUAACCGAUUAUUAAAGCGGAAACUGAAUAUGGAGCGUCAUUUUCUACCGCGAAUCGGAAGAUACCCGCUUGUCGCUGGCGUCUAUGACCGCUUUCUAGUGGAUAUUUUGGGCGGGGAUGCUGUGUAUCGUGGAUACGUUUGUGGUAUCGACAAUAAUGACCACUGUAUGGUGCGAGUGGGUUCCAUGCAGCGAUUACAGCGCAUUCCCAUAGAUCAACUGCGUUUGGUAGAUCCCGAGGAAUCCAAAUUAAUUCAUCCAAAUACAUUGCCAGAAGAAAUCGAGCUGUUGGUUAGUGUGGAGGAGAAUCAGCCAGAAUCCUGGCAACCCGUCGUUCUUCUUGUCGACGGCACGCUCAUGGAGAAUUUAUCCCUUGUAAACGUAGAUGUAUGCGUGUUUGGCGAUUUUGUCAAACGCUAUUUGGUCCUGCAUAGCACAGAGAUCGGUAUGGCGUUCAGCUGUCUCCGCCCCCGCGGAUAUCUCGGGGCGCCAGUCACACCACAGUCGUUUCGUCAAGUGACAAUCCCCAUCGUUCAGCUGAUGUUUUACUCACAUGCGGAACGUCGCAGUUACAAAUUUUCGGAUAACACUGAACAUACUCUAGAGCGAAUCCGAGAAUUCCCGUCAUUUCGUAGUCGUUUUUUGCGAAAUACUCGCAAUAUUAUGUUUCUCGGCGUUAGCGAAGAUAAAGUUGAGCUGCUGUGUAGAAGAGGCUAUAAACUAGAGGCCGACGAAGGGCUCGUGUUCUCGGUAUCCGGAGAGUGGUAUAAAAGAUUGUUUGCUCCUGGCUCAGACAUUAUUAUUCCGUGCCGCCGCGCUCUGGAAGAGAUGCUUACCAUUAUUACGUUCCAGCAUGACCUGAACGAGCUGGAUGAAACCCGUUUUGGUGACCUUUACGUGGAACUGUGCCUGAUGGUGUUCGGUUAUUUAGAUGUUUUCGACCAACACUGCCUCCGCCGGUAAAGAGCCGAUCGUGCAGACAUUUUGACCAUUUGUUGUCGUCGGUUGUUAUCCAUCAAUCUAUAAUUCUGCCAUAUCAGCC